CUCUGAAUGGCGCUGUAAAAAAGAAGAGUCGAAAAUAUUUUGCGCUUCUGUGGGAUUUCGGUGAAUUUAAUCGCACAAAGUUAGCAUGGAAGGGGUUAAUAUUAAUGGUGCAAACGAUAAUCAACCGCUUGACAAGCGCGAGCUACUCUGUUUACUAAAGCUUUUAAAGAAGCAUCAGCUAAAAAGUACAGAGGAGCUGCUUUGUCAAGAGGCCAAUGUAAGCGCCGCUGAUUUGGAAGAGCUCACUGACAACGAUGUCCAGCAAGUGCUGAGUGCCGCAUUAGGCGUGGGAGCCGGCGAACGCUCCCAGACUUCGGUGGAAACAAAGACAGCAGCAGAAGCCAAGAAUUCCCUUAAUGCAGCUGAAGCGCUAGCAAAGUUCAUUGGAGAUGACGCCUUUGAUGCCCAGCAGUACGAACAAGCCUACGAGGAGUUACGCACCUUUGUUGAAGAGGCUUUGGACAUUUACAAGCACGAACUUUCCAUGGUGCUAUAUCCCAUUCUGGUGCAAAUUUAUUUCAAGAUGCUUGCCAGUGGUCUAACUGAUAAGGCGCGCUCCUUUAUUGAGAAAUACAAGUCUGACCUGGACGGCUACUACACCGAAAGCUUAUUCAAUUUGUUGAUGCUGUCGAAGCCGGAGGAGCUGUUGGAUGAUGACUUCGUUACUGCCAUGGAGACCGACAAAUUCGUUAUUCGCAUGUCACGCGAUGCGCAUUCGUUGUUUAAGCGUCAUAUUCAAGACCGCAGGCAAGAAGUUGUGGCAGAUAUUGUAUCAAAAUAUCUACACUUUGAUACAUAUGAGGGCAUGGCACGCAACAAGCUGCAAUGUGUGGCCACGGCUGGCUCACAUAUUGGCGAGGCCAAACGCCAGGAUAAUAAAAUGCGCGUCUACUACGGACUUCUGAAAGAGGUGGACUUCCAGACACUCACAACGCCAGCGCCGGCACCAGAGGAGGAGGAAGACGAUCCAGAUGCACCAGAUCGUCCAAAGAAAAAGAAACCCAAAAAAGACCCACUGCUCUCAAAAAAAUCCAAAUCGGAUCCAAAUGCGCCAGCAAUCGACCGCAUACCUUUACCGGAGCUAAAAGAUUCCGACAAGCUGCUCAAGUUAAAAGCGUUGCGUGAAGCUAGCAAGCGUUUGCCGCUCAAUAAGGAUCAGUUGCCGUCUGCAGUGUUUUACACAGUUCUGAAUUCCGUACAAGGCGUGACUUGCGCCGAAAUCUCAGAUGACUCUACGAUGUUGGCCUGUGGCUUCAGUGAUUCUAGUGUCCGCAUUUGGUCAUUAACGCCAGCAAAACUCCGUGCACUAAAAGACGCGGACGCCUUACGCGAGUUGGAUAAAGAAUCUUCCGACAUAAAUGUACGUAUGCUGGACGAUCGUAGUGGGGAAUCGACGCGCAGUUUUCUGGGCCAUACAGGACCUGUUUAUCGUUGCGCUUUUGCGCCCGAAAUGAAUUUGUUGCUCUCUUGCUCGGAGGACGGCACCAUCCGAUUGUGGUCGCUACUCACCUGGUCUUGCGUCGUAGCUUAUCGUGGACAUGUCUACCCCGUUUGGGAUGUGCGCUUCGCUCCGCAUGGGUACUAUUUUGUCUCUUGCUCAUAUGACAAAACUGCGCGCCUCUGGUCCACCGACUCAAAUCAAGCUCUGCGGAUCUUCGUCGGACACCUGUCCGAUGUGGAUUGCGUGCAAUUUCACCCGAACUCCAACUAUGUAGCAAGUGGCUCAAGUGAUCGUACGGUACGCCUCUGGGACGUGUUGACUGGACAAUCCGUGCGACUCAUGACGGGUCAUAAAGGCACCGUUACGUCACUGGCCUUCUCCGCCUGUGGUCGUUAUUUAGCAUCCGGCUCAGUCGAUCAUAACAUUAUCAUUUGGGACCUAUCCAAUGGCUCGCUAGUUACCACACUUUUACGCCACACAAGCAUGGUGUCCACCAUUACCUUCAGUCGCGAUGGCACAAUACUUGCUGCCGGUGGGCUGGACUGCAACCUCACUCUUUGGGAUUUUCACAAAGUUACUGAAGAUUACCUGAGCAAUCAGAUAACAGUGUCCCAUCAUCACGACGAAAACGACGAGGAUGUGUAUUUACUGCGGACGUUCCCCAGCAAGAAUUCUCCUUUUGUGGCGCUGCACUUCACGCGGCGUAACUUGUUGAUGUGUGUGGGUCUCUUUAAGAACUAAUUUAUAGUUUAUGUUUAAUAUGUAGUUUAUGAUAAAUAUAUAAGAUUUUAUAACAAGCUGCCCAAAUUACUGGGCGUGUGUAUAGUUCCAGUUGGUCGUCUGCAGAAAAAUAUUUAAAUUAAACUUUUAAUAUUUUAGAACUUGAUUUGACAAGGACUGAAUAAAUCCAUCGUUUUUAAGUUUGAAAAAGCGUAGAACUCAUCAUUUUUGAGGAUUUAUAAUAAUGAAUAAGUAUUUUUUUAAAUGAAUAAAUUUGAUUA